AUGACAGCGGAGACGUGCGCCAAGCUGGAGCCGGAGGACAUGGACGAGAACAUCGACGUGACGAGUAACGAGCCGGAUCGCGCCUCGGACUUCCCCGUGUCGCUGUAUCCCUCCGCCUCAGAGAGCGUCUACGAGACGUCGGCGCGGCUCCUCUUCAUGUCCGUCAAAUGGGCCAAGAACCUCCCCGUGUUCUCCAACCUGCCCUUCAGAGACCAGGUGAUCCUGCUGGAGGAGGCGUGGAGUGAGCUCUUCCUCUUGUGUGCGGUGCAGUGGUCUCUGCCUCUGGACUCCUGCCCCCUGCUGGCCGUGCCCGAGCUCUGCACGUCCCAGGGCAAGUCCGGUCUGAGCGCUCUGGACCUGAGGCUGCUCCAGGAGGUCUACACCCGCUUCAAGAACCUCUCUGUAGACCCCACCGAGUUCGCCUGCCUCAAGGCCACCGUGCUCUUCAAACCAGUGGUCUCUGCCUCUGGACUCCUGCCCCUGCUGCCGUGCCGAGCUCUGCACGUCCAGGGCAAGUCCGGUCUGAGCGCUUGA